AAACAACUUCCCCAUCCAUCUUUUUACCCCACCACUCCAAUCCCGUAAACCCUCCAUUACCCACGAAGUAUUGCUUCAACCUCAAUCGCCGAACUACCACAAAAUCUAUACAAAUCUGCCCACCAUGCCUCCAAUCCCACCCAUCCCCAUCCACGCAAACGACCCCAUCAACGACGCCUCCUCCGCCUCAACUUCUUCUACCACCGCAGCAAAGGCCGACGGCAUCACGCCCCGCACCGCCAACCCUCCUCCCACCCGCACCACCCCGGCCUCCGUCCCCGCCACCACAACCGCAGACGCCUCCGCCCCUCCCCCGCCGCAACCAGGCGCGCGUCCGCUCCCUCCCACCGCCACGGCACAACAAACAGGCCACGCCCACGCCCCCGCGCCGCCGCAGCCCGCGCCGGGCAUCAACGUCCCCCGAAGCGUCGAGGCGACGGUGACGAGCACGGCGACGCACCAGCAGCAAGUCCCAACGCCGGCGGCGUACGGCUACGCCGCGCCGACGACGGGCUCGCGCGCGAGCAGGGGCACGGAUACGACGAGUGCGCGGGAGCAGAGGGCUGGGCCGACGACGCUGGGCAUGGGGCCGGCGGGGAGUGCGUAUCAGCCGGAGCAGACGGGCCAGUCCCAGCAGCCGGCGGAGCAGACGAGGCGCAGUUUGGAGCACCCUCCGGGGUAUGUGCAGGAUCCGUAUGCGUCGGCGGAUGGGAGUGCGGCGCAGAGGCGGAGUUUGGAGGAUGCGAGGGCGCGGGAGGCGGAGGAAGGGGGCGUGGGAGCGGCGGUUUGGGGGGCGUUGGGCAGGGCGGGCGAGGCGUUGAAGGGGGCGGAGGAGGCGGUUUGGAGGAGUGUGGGGAGGAAGGGGUAG